AUGUCUUUCUCAGCCUCAACUUCCAAGGCUGGAGCGAGCUGUCGGUUGCUUGGGAAUAUGCCCGAAAGAGGAGGAAGUAUAGCGCAGCUAAGCUCUUUCCUUCGCGACAGCUACAUUGGCAACGAGAAAGGGCUCAGUAUGCCACGCACAAACGUACCGUCACUGGACCCCGGAAGACAGGCUGGACCGGCUUCCUAUGAGUUGACGAACUUUGGUGGGCCUAGUCAACAGCCAUCUCUUGCAACUUUGAACUCGCAGUACAGUGCGGAGUCAUCGAAGUAUCCUAGACACCAGCCAUCCUAUGCAACUUUGAAUUCGCUGCGCAGCACACGCAAGGAUCGCGUAAUAGAGGACAAGGACGAUGAAGACACAGACGAGAUAAGACUGGAACCUGAUCGAUCACAUCAGCCUAAUGUGAACGACGCGUCUAAAAUACCGAAUGGCGGGCUGUGGGCAUGGCUGCAAGUCGUUGGAGCAUUUUUCCUCAUGUUUAACUCUUGGGGCAUUAUUAACACAUUCGGCACAUUCCAGACAUAUUACGAGACGAACUUGCUCGCAGAUUCGAGUGCUUCAUCCAUAUCUUGGAUCGGAUCUAUUCAGGCGUUCCUGCUUCUCUUGGUCGGCGCACUCACUGGUCCCAUUUAUGACGCAGGCUACUUUCGCGCACUGCUCAUCGUGGGAAGCUUCAUGUUGGUUCUGGGCCAGAUGAUGCUCAGUCUAUGCCAUACGUACUGGCAAGUCCUUCUCGCACAAGCGUUCUGCAUCGGUAUCGGGACUGGAUGUCUGUUUAUCCCUAGUGUGGCCAUCCUUUCAACAUACUUCUCCACCCGGAUCGGAACAGUAAUUGGAAUUGCUGCAGCUGGAUCAUCGCUCGGCGGUGUUAUCUACCCCAUUGUAUUCCACAAACUUAUCUCUCAGAUUGGAUUCGCUUGGACGACGAGGGUGCUUGGCUUCAUUGUUCUCGCCACUAUGAUCGUACCGAAUGUCUGCAUGCGAGUGCGCGUUCUGCCGGCAAAAUCGCGUUCUCUGCUUGAUCUGCGCGCCUUCUUGAUCCCGUCGUACAGUCUCAUGGUCGCGGGCUUCUUCCUUGGCUUCAUGGGCUUAUACAUGCCCUUCUUUUAUGCACAAACCUACGCUAUCCAGGAACAUAUUACUAGUGAGGGUAUGGCUUUUUACCUCCUCGCCAUUAUGAAUAGUACGAGUGUUUUCGGACGCAUAGUGCCGAACUUGUUUUCCGAUAAACUUGGCCCCUUCAACGUAGUAAUACCCUGCUGCGUUAUUUCUGGCAUCCUCUGCAUUUGCUUCAUGGGUGCCACCUCCUCCGCCGGUAUCAUUGUGCUCAUGGCAUUCUACGGUUUCUUCUCUGGAUCCUUCGUCUCGCUUCCACCCGCCAUCGUAGUUCAGCUGAGUAGCGACGCGCGAGACAAAGUCGGCACAAGAAUGGGUCAGGCUUUUGCUGUCGUAGGUGUAGGGCUGCUUAUCGGAACGCCGAUAGGAGGUGCGAUUGAAGGGCACAGUGGGUUUGCUAGCUUGUGGGUGUUCGGAGGCUGUUUGUUAUUCGGAUGUGUGCUGUUGCUUGUGGCUGCAAGGGUCGCGUUCAAGGGGCGGAAGAUUAUGGUCAGAGCAUGAAGAGGAAACGUGAACAGGAAAGUG